CACCACAUGUAUAUACACACACCCAAACGCGCUCUCCUCGAAAUCAGCACCGUCUUUCCCCACUCUCUUUGAGAAAUUCCGUAAGUUCUUGAUACUUUAGCUUUGCUAUUGGGAAAAUCUUUCAUUCUUGAAUCAAGAAUCCACUAAUAAUGGUCCGAGUGAGUAACAAUUUGGUUGGCAUUCUCAAUCUGAUCACACUUUUGCUGUCAAUUCCCAUCAUAGGAGGGGGAAUAUGGCUCUCAAAGCAAGCCAACACAGAGUGCGAGCGAUUUCUUGACAAGCCAGUAAUAGUCUUAGGAGUCUUUAUUCUGCUGGUUUCAAUUGCAGGUUUAGUGGGUUCUUGCUGUAGGGUUUCAUGUCUUUUAUGGGUCUAUUUAGUGGUCAUGUUCUUGUUGAUUCUUCUUCUGUUUUGCUUCACAAUCUUCGCAUUUGUGGUGACAAAUAAGGGCGCUGGUGAGGCACUUUCAGAUAGGGGAUAUAAGGAGUAUAGAUUGGGGGAUUAUUCAGAUUGGCUACAGAAAAGGGUUAAUAAUGAUAAUAAUUGGAAUAAGAUUAGGAGUUGUUUGCAGGAUAGUAAGAUUUGUCAGAGGCUUCUUGAUGAUGGGUCAUCUACAAAAGUUGAAGAUUUUAACAGACAACACCUUUCUUCCCUUCAGUCUGGUUGCUGUAAGCCAUCUAAUGACUGUAACUUCCAGUACAUUAGCCCAACAAACUGGACUGGGACACCAACCUCAUCCUUCACUAAUCCCGACUGCUUUGCCUGGAGCAAUGAUCCGAAUAUCUUGUGCUACAACUGCCAAUCGUGCAAGGCAGGGAUGCUGGACAACAUCAAGAGUGACUGGAAGAGGGUGGCUGUUAUCAACAUCAUUUUCCUCGUCUUCCUCAUUAUUGUGUAUUCCAUUGGAUGUUGUGCAUUCAGAAACAACCGGGAGGACAAUUCAUGGAAACAGUACCCUUGAAUGUAUUGACUUGUUAUUUUUGGUUUAGACAUAUAAGUUUCUAAAGAGAAUUGUAUUCAGGAUGUCAAGUUUCCCGUUACUGUUUUGUUAGGCGUACAGGUUAUUGCUUUUACCUAUCUGGAUUGGAUUGCGCUAACAGAUUUAUUUUGAUAUUACUUGGGAUCUGUUCUUAUAAAUUGGAUUAUGUUCAUUUCAAAUUUUCUGUCU